AUGAGUGUUCAGCUUGCGCUCUACUCGUCCAGCAUCGCGACCGACCCGCUCGCGUACCUGAGCCAGAUACUCGUGUACAUCAGAGAGGUCGCCGGGCUCGCAGCGCUCUCUGGCGAAGAUAAGACCGAGAAGAUGACCGAGUUGUACGCCAGCCACGUAAAGGCUGAGCGCGGCGUGAUCCGGCGGCGCAAGAAAUCGCGCGAGGCGUGGCGGAAGGUGGAGGAGAAGAAGCCUGACCUCUCCGAGCUCGCGCCUCCUGAGAUGACAAGGGAGGCCGGGGACGCCGCUUCGCAGGGGGCGACCCGGCCGGUCUCGCCGGCUGGCAGUGUCGCCACGAGCUUUUCUUCGGCGCUUCAAGAGGACGUCGAGCGCUCCCUGGAGCUGCAUCGCGACACGCUCGCCAAUCUACUCGUCUUCGACGCGUGGCACGCCAUGAUAAGCUCCCCGGUGGGCGCGAACCUAGAGGCGAAUCUAGCCGCUUCGGACGAUGCGGGCGAGGUGCGAAUGAGCGAAUUGAUUUCAUCGUGCCGAGCCUCGCUUCCGGUCGACACCGACGGGUGGCUCCGCCUGCUCAUUUCCGCAGUGCAUGGCCAGUUCGUCGGGGUACUCGCAUGCGACAUGACCCUACCGGGUGCUCCCAUCAUCUUUGUCAACAGCGGCUUCGAGCGAAUCUCGGGCUACACCAACAUGGAGCUGCACGGCGGUAGCUGCCGGCGGCUCUCCAGCCCCGAGAGCAAUGAAGAGACCAUCGAGCAGAUGCGCCAAGCGAUGCGGACAGCUACGGAAGUCAAAGUCCAGCUUCUGAAUCGGAAGAAGGACGGGACGGACUUUUUGCACCUGAUUGCCCUCCGCCCAAUCUUUGACUCCUCUGGCCUCUAUCGUUUCAUGCUCGGCGUCACAGUCGAGGUCACGCAGUCUCUUGAUCGCAUGAAGCACCGCCUGGCCCAGAUGGAGCGACUCUUGCAGCUCGUGCCAAGCAGGCUGUCGCUUCCUUCGCCGAGCGCAGCGCGCGAGAGGGCACAGCUCACGCGCAGCAUGGUUCAAGUGCGCCCACCGCAGAACGACUGGGACGACUCAAAGUCAGCUCGAGCAGAGGCUUCACAACGCCUCAGCCGGUCCAGGAAAGGAGGUCAAGGUCUUCGGUGCGCUCCCAGUUGA